AGCUCUUGGGAGAAACUGGGAUACCUUUAUAUUUUGGGGAUUUACCAUCAAGCAAGGAUCCAGUGUGCACACAGUCGGACUUCAGUGGAUUAUCUUCGCUAUCAGACAGGAUGAAAGUGGUUUCCCUCGCCCUACUCUACCUGGGCUCCGUCUCCUUCUUCGGGGUGGAGGCUGCCGAGCUGGACAUCGCGUCGGACUUCAAGAGAAAGUGGAGCAGCUGGCGAGCCCGGCGUGACAAGCCGGUAGUGCUCACCGUGGGGCAGGCGGCGGCCCUUGGAGAAGGCAAGCGCCCCGCAGUCAGACAGCCAGCAGCCCAGCAGAAGCCGGUAGUGCUUACCGUGGGGCAGGCGGCAGCCCUCGGAGAAGGCAAGCGCCCCGCAGGCAGACAGGCAGGCAAGCAGAAGCCGGCGCUCACCGCGGCCCAGGCGGCUGCUGGAGUGAAGAGGCCCGCGCGCAGCCUGGACAGUCUCCGCGCGAAGCGCAACCAGCUGCCCAACGUCGCCAGCGACUUCCACCUCCAGCACCUGAGGGAGAUGUGCGGGUUCGGGACGUGCACGGUGCACAACCUCGCGCACCUCAUCCACCACUACAUGGACAAGGACAAGGACGUCUCCGCCCCUCCCGAGAAAUUCGGCCCGCAGGGUUACGGCCGCCGCAGGAGGCGCUCGCUGCUGGACACCGUCGCCGCCGCCGCCUCCUCCAGCGGGAGAAGCACACGGACAGCGUCCCGCCUGCUGGCCUCGCUGCGGGAAGGCGGCUCGGUUCGGGCCCUGGCCCAGCAGCCCUAGCAGGCACCGGGGCCGCGCAGCGCCCCCUCCCGGGAGACGCGAGAGGGCCGAGACCUGUUGCCCGAGGGGAGCCUUUGGCGCUCGGCAAGCGGGGAAAGGGGGCUCGCUCACCUUCAGGGAUCCGGAGGCUACCGGCAGGAACGCGGGAGGGGAAGGCGGGCGGCGGCUGAGCCCGUGCUGCGCCUGGAGGGACGGAAGUGGAAUGAUGAAACUGUGCAAAAAAGGACCUUUCCCCUCCCUUGUGUGGUGGUGAGCUUUCGGUGGUGACGGGCUCUUCCCUUCUGCUCCCCAUAGACUGUCUCCCCGCUUCUCCUCCUCUCCCCCCUUCACACGGCAGGGAAUUGGCGACCUGCAAGCCCCUCUCUGGGCAGGGGCUGCUGUCUUAUACUUGAACGGCCUGGCCAGGCGAAGUGCAAUGGACUCGGUGGGCGCGGUGUGGCUUGUCGCGAGCGGCUGAGCAGGAAUGAGUGGCUGGGUGGAUGUUUGCAUGAAAGGAAUGCGCCGUAUUUAAAUAAUUGUCUCCUGUCCUUGUAUUCUUUUUAACUACAGAGUUAUUUUUAUAUGUUAUAUAUAUAUAUAUAUAUAUUGUGUAUGGGCAUUUUUUUUUACUCCCUGUUGUUAUUUUUUUAAACAUUGAGAAUGUCAACCUUUGUCUUCAUCCUGGUGGCACCAUAGCCAUUUUUCUUUUUGGGAGGGUUGUGGCGGUAGCAAGAUUUGUCAUACACAAUCUAUUUAUGAAUGAUGGUAUAUUUCAUGUUAAUGCUCCUAUUCUAAACAUUUUUUUGUGUGAAGUCAGUCCUCUUGGUUUCAUUGGGGUUAACUCUCUACUAAGCACGCUUAGAUUGUAAAUCUCCAGUUUCGGUUAGAACUGGUAUGUGAAAAGUGCCUUUCUGUAACCACAUAGUCCAGCAUUGGGGUGCAAACUACUUGGGGUUGGGGGCUUGCCCCCUUCUGGUGCCACCUACAGUUUUCAUUUAGUCUUGGUUUGUCUGGUUGUCAUAUUCUUUCCUUGUUUGCCAUGGUUUAUCACAUUCCGGACUGGUAAAAAAAAUGUAUCACUGUUCUCUCCAGGGGCAGUAUGUGAAAAUAAAAUAAACAUUAUCACACAAAAAAUUACUGAUUGGUGUUUUUAGAUAAAACCAGUGAACUUGGCACAGGGGGGAGCCUCGUUAUUUACUCAGUUUCCAUCUUUAUAAUCGGAUGGAUUCAAAGCUGCUAAACAGCAGGUAAUUUGUCAUUCUCCACCAAGCCAGGACUCUGAGCCAAAAGUGCCCCAAAUAUGUCCAACCUAAUAAACAUCAUAAAGUCAUAAUAAAUGCUUUCAAGUGAGGACUCGGGGCUGUUGAGGCAACUCCAAGGUCUCCAGUCCUUCUACAUGUUUCAAGUGAAGCUGAAACAUGUCAGAGCUUGGAUUGAUCAUCAAGGGUUUUUUUGGGUUGGUUUUUUUUUCUUUUUUGCUGCAAUUAAUCAGAGGAAACAACUGCACUGCUUUCACAUUGCACAACAAACAGAUUUAUAGAGAGAGGGAACAUGUUCCAAAAGAAAAUGGUCAGGGUAGCUUCCAAGGUUAUUUCUGAAGGAUUUCCUGGGCCACAGUUCAGGUUGAACCCAGAGGAUUAUUGUGGGCAGAACUCACAUUCCUAAAGCCACAGACCAAAAAACAACAUGAAACAUUCCAACCCUAG